CGCCGGUCGGAGCAGAGGUGGUGAGAGGGGUAGAGUCAUAGAGAAAUACAUCCCUGGGACGUUGCAAGUGUCUGCUGUUUCACCUGGUAGCCGCCAGUGUCUGCAAUGUCAAAGCAGCCACUGUCGGCGCCCUGCCAGAGCCGGUGCGGCCACGUGGACCGCAUCGGCACCGAGCUCACACCGGCCGACGUGGAGCAGCGGCGCCGCGACGGCCGCUGCCACUGGUGCGGCCGCCAGGACCCCAACCUCUGGUUGUGCCUGCACGACGGCUGCACGCGACUGGGCUGCGGCGACCAGGCCGACCACAGCACCGAGCACCACCAGCAGCAGCCGCAGCACUGCCUCGUGCUCAACAUCACCACGCUGCGCGUCUGGUGCUACGUGUGCGAGGCCGAGGUAUUCCUGGAGAACAACGUGCCGGCCGUGGGCCACGCCGGCGCCGCCAUCAGUGCCGACAACGUGGACGUGGCCGGCGCGCCGGCCGACAGUGACGACGAAGACGAUCGCAGCGAGGACGAGCCGCCGUGCGGCCUCACCGGGCUGCGAAACAUCGGCAACACGUGCUACAUGAACGCGGCGCUGCAGGCGCUCUCCAACCUGCCGCCGCUGACGCGCUACUUCCUGGACUGCGACCGGCUGGUGCCGGCCGACCGCAAGCCGGGCCUGGCGCGCGCUUACCUGCGUCUGGUGCACGAGAUGUGGAGCCGGCGGCGCGCCAGCUGCCUGGCGCCCACGGCCGUGCUGCAGACGCUGCGCGCGGCGCACCCGCAGUUCCGCGGCUUCCAGCAGCAUGACAGCCAGGAGUUCCUGCGCUGCUUCAUGGACGUGAUGCACGAGGAGCUGCGCCAGCCGACCGGCCGCUUCGACGGCGAGCAGGACGAGCUGGAGGAGCCGGCCGCGGCUCGCGACGACCCGCCCUCCGACUCGGCCGGCUCGGACGGCGAUGAGGAGGACGCCGACUACGAGACGGCCGACUCGGGUCUGAGUGACCGCUCCACGGACAGCGGCUCGGCCGGUGAGCCGCGCGCGCCGCGCCGGCGCCGCCGCCGUCAGGUGCACACGCAGCGCUCGCCACAGCCGCCGCCAACUCCACCGCCACCGCCGCAGCCGCAGCCGCCGCCGCCGCUGCCGCUGGCCGACACGCCGUCCAGCGGGCCCGAUGACACGUCGGGAAUCGACGUGGAGUUCGCCGACGCCGAGUCGGAGCGCUCGCGGCCGCCGUCGCCGGCGCGUCCGGGCCGACGACUCCGCUACCGCAGCGUCGUCUCGGACGUGUUCGACGGACGCAUCCUGUCGUCGGUGCAGUGCCUCACGUGCAACGGUGUAUCGGCCACGCGCGAGACGUUCCAGGACCUGUCGCUGCCGAUCCCGAGCCGCGAGCACCUGGCCGUGCUGCACACGCAGGCGGCGUCGGCGGGCCGGCCGGCCGCCUGCGCUCAGCUCUACUCGCAGCAGGGCUGGGCCCCCUGGCUCUGGUCGUGGAUCACCUCGUGGUUCUCGGGCCCGAGCGUGUCGCUGCACGACUGCCUGGCGUCGUUCUUCUCGUCGGACGAGCUGAAGGGCGACAACAUGUACAGCUGCGGCCGCUGCAAGAUGCUUCGCAACGGGCUCAAGUUCUGCCGCGUGCUUGAGCUGCCCGAGGUGCUGACUGUGCACCUGAAGCGCUUCCGGCACGAGCUGGUGUUCUCCGCCAAGCUGGGCACGCACGUCGAGUUCCCGCUGGAGGGUCUGGACAUGUCGGGCUACCUGCACAAGCAGAGCCGCAGCCAGGUGACGUCCUACGACCUGGCGGCCGUCGUGUGCCACCACGGCACGGCCGGCGCCGGCCACUACACGGGCUAUGCGCUGAACCACACCUCGGGGGCCUGGUACGAGUACGACGACCAGUACGUGACGGAGGUCAGCGCCGAGACGGUCGCGUCCUGUCAGGCGUACAUGCUCUUCUACAGGAAGUCUUGCGAGGCGGCCAGCCUGCGCCGGCAACGCGCCACAGAGCUCAUCCACCGGGCGCGCGCCGACCCCUCCCUCCUGCCUUACUACGUCUCGCGACAGUGGAUCAACAAGUUCAACACGUUCGCCGAGCCGGGCCCCAUCGACAACACGGAUUUCCUGUGCCGACACGGCGGUGUGCUUCCGGGCCUGCGCGUGCCGGUGGAGGCGGCCUGCGUACGCCUGCCGGAGGCCGGCUGGGAGUACCUGCACGGCACGCUGGGCGGCGGCCCCGUCGCCAACGCGCUGUUCGAGUGUGGCCCGUGCCGAGCCGAGUGGGACGCGUUGCAGGCGCGGCAGCGGCGCGAGCUGACAGAGUUCCGGCGCCUGUGA